AUGCCCGUCCGCGCUAAGCCUUUCUCCGCUGCGGAAAUCCGUACAAUUUUUGGCCGUAGAAAGGUAUCAGGCGCUUUGGGAAAUCGCAUUCUCUCCGUGCUCCACGGCCGCCGUCUUUCCGGGACUCUUGACCUCGACCUCCCCGCCGACAUAACCAGCACCGUUCCCCAAUCCACACUCGAUGCAGGCCUAAAAUGGCUCCGUACAAACUAUCCCAUUGACGAGGAUGCUGCAAUUCUUGCGCGGAUUGAGAGGGAAGAACUGGAGGAAGAACAAAGACUGAUUCGGCGUGCAGAAGAACUGGGCCUGUACAAACCGCAGAGCGGCUCUUUCGGUGCUGAACGUAGCGAGGAAGACGGUGUGUGGGGGAAGAGCAUUCUGAAAAAUAUACGGCGACGUAAUGAAGCACGACUUCUAGCAGAGGAAGAACAAAGGCGCAAGGAAUGGCUGGAGGGUGAGCAAAGAGAGCGCGAGGCUCUGCAGCGACAGAUACAGCAGAACACCUCACUACAAAAGUUUGAGGGAUCCGCAGUUGUGGAUGCUCGUCCACGCGCAGAUCCCAAGGAGCGUCCUGUCCUUGCCUGGGCACAGAAGCACUAUUUGCGGGCUAUGGACAACGAUUACAGUAAAUUGUCAGAGAUGACUACAUCCCGCCGUCUUGUACCUGCUCUCAUAGUGACUCUGAUCACGCUCGGCCUUUGCUAUAUCUAUGCAGAAUCUUACCAACCUCCACAAAGGAGUGAUCGCAUGUGGCCAAAUGUCUACCCGGCGGCAGCAACGGCCAUAGCCAUGAUCGGCAUAAACGUGGGAAUCUGCAUCCUGUGGAAAUGUUGGCCUCCAUCAUGGAGAAUGCUCAACCGAUAUUUCAUUAGUGUCCCCGUGUAUCCACAUCCGCUCAGCCUAGUGGGAAGUAUAUUCAGUCACCAGACCUUCAAGCAUCUCGCGGUAAACAUGACUAUGUUGUGGUUUAUUGGGACUCGGCUACAUGAUGAAAUUGGCCGCGGAAGCUUCAUAGCUGUCUACCUAGCUUGCGGCGUUGUCGGCUCCAUGGCUUCUCUUACUGCGCAUGUUCUGCUGGGAAAGUUGAUGGUCACCUCGCUCGGUGCUAGCGGCGCUCUCACUGGUCUUAUUGCCGCAUGGUGCAUGCUUCAUGCAGAUGACAAGCUCACCUUCUUCUUCCUCCCACCCGAGUGGCGGGAUACCUUCUCUGCCCCUGGCUGGGUUGCUUUGACUGGUAUCGUCACGUUGGAGGUAUUGGGUCUCCUCUCCCCGUUUCCAGCGCUCAGGGUUGCCUCCCUCGACUACUAUGCUCAUCUGGGCGGCUAUCUAACCGGAGCACUAUGGGCUGUGGCAUGGAAGGCUGAAAGAGCGAAGAAGCAAAAAGAGAAUCGACCCUGGUUAGAAAAGGUGUUUUAUAGGGAGUAA